CCCGGGCCCCGGCAGGACAGAGCGCAGAUACGCAGCCUGCACAGACCCACAAGGACCACAGCCUGCAGACCACGGCCACAGGAUGAAGGCGCUCACGGCUGUCCUGCUCGCCCUGCUGCUGUGCAAGCGGCCAGGGAGAGGACAGACACAGGACGGGGCGGAGGACGAGGACCUGGGGCCGGAGAGCUACGAUGAGGACUACGAGGAGGACGAAGAGGCCGAGGGGGACGGCGGGGACAGAGGGCUGCGGUGCUACACCUGCUCGUCCCUGCACAAGGAGGAGGCCUGCCAGCAGACCCUCCCCUGCUCCCUCAGCCAGCGCUUCUGCAAGGCCCUCCUUUCUCGGUGGGACACUGAAUCGGGGCCUCUGACCACCUACUCAGGGUGGUGCACAGACGCCUGCAAGCCGGUGGCCAGGACGGUGGAGGGGAUGGCGAUGACCAUGUCCUGCUGCCAGACCUCCCUGUGCAAUGCCCCGCCCUGGCAGGGUGCCGGGCCGGGCGGCCCCCAGGGCAGCCCCGGAACUGUGGCCACCGCCCUCCUGCUCAGCCUGCUCCUGGGCCGCGGGGCCGUGGGAUCCUGAGUGGAGCGGCCCUCCCCCUGCCCGGCUCAUCCCUGGAGGCCAGCACCCGCCCCAGUAUCGUCCUUUCCUGCCCAGUUUUGGAGAAUAAACUUGGAGGCCAGCACUGGAUCCUCCCAGCCCA